GCGGAGCAGUAACAGUUCCGCCUUAGCUAGGUAGUUAUCGCUUAUCAGUCUGCAUCUCCGCCAAAAAUUUCGGCGGGCAGCGGGAGCGCGGAAGCCGUGUCCGACUGCACACAAGAAGACAUCGACAGUACGGCCCGGCGAAGAAGUCAGAAGUCGCAUCGGCCGCCACUACACAGCCGGCGCCAUGGCAAUUCAGAAGAAACACGGCAAGGGCCGUCUCGACAAGUGGUACAAGCUCGCCAAGGAGAAGGGAUACCGCGCGCGUGCAGCAUUCAAGUUGAUCCAGCUCAACAAGAAAUAUGGCUUCCUCGAGAAGAGCAAGGUCGUGCUCGAUCUCUGCGCGGCGCCCGGAUCAUGGUGUCAAGUGUGUGCCGAGACGAUGCCCAAGGACAGCAUCAUUAUUGGCGUCGAUCUCGCCCCGAUCAAGCCGAUUCCCAAGGUCAUUACCUUCCAAAGCGACAUUACGACUGAGAAGUGCCGUGCGACCAUUCGGACACACUUGAAGACAUGGAAGGCCGACUGUGUGCUCCACGACGGUGCCCCCAACGUCGGUACCGCUUGGGUUCAGGAUUCCUACAAUCAGGCUGAGCUGGCCCUCCAUUCGCUCAAGCUCGCCACCGAAUUCUUAAUUGAGGGGGGAACUUUCGUGACCAAGGUCUUCAGAUCUAAGGACUACAAUUCCCUGUUGUGGGUUCUCAACCAGCUCUUUACAAAGGUUGAGGCGACAAAGCCGCCGUCCUCUCGUAACGUCUCGGCAGAGAUCUUCGUCGUGUGUCGCGGCUACAAGGCGCCGAAGCGCAUUGACCCGCGCUUGCUCGACCCCCGCUCCGUCUUCGAAGACCUGGCAGACCCGGCGCCCAACAAUGAGGCCAAGGUGUACAACCCGGAAGUCAAGAAGCGAAAGAGAGAGGGUUACGAGGAGGGUGACUACACGCAGUACAAGGAAAUUGCUGCCAGCGAAUUCAUUCAGACGACCGAUCCCCUCGCCAUCCUUGGGCAGUACAACCGACUGACGUUCGAACAACCAAAGAAUGGGGACGUAGCCCUGGCGGCCCUGGACAAGUUGCCCGAGACGACGCAGGAGAUUCGCCAUUGUUGCGCGGAUCUGAAGGUCCUCGGAAGAAAAGACUUCAAGCUCCUUCUAAAAUGGCGUCUUAAGGUCAGGGAGAUCUUUGGUCUCCCUACUAAGAAGACCACCAAGGCUCCUCUCGUGGAAGAGGUGGCUGAGGUGGAGAACAUGGACGAAGAGCUCAAGAUCCAGGAAGAGCUGCAGAGGAUAAAAGAUAAGGAAUUGGCGAAGAAGAAGAAGGAGCGACGAAAGGAGAACGAGAGGAAGCAUAAGGAGAUUGUGCGCAUGCAGAUGAACAUGACAGCGCCCAUGGACAUCGGUAUGGAGCAGGAGGGCCCUAGGGGCGCAGAUGCCAUGUUCCGCCUCAAGUCGAUCGAUCAGACCGAGGCCCUACGCAGGAUAGCCAAGGGCAAGAUGGCCACGAUUACCGAGGUCGAUGCCAAGAAGGACCGCGACUCCGGGAUUGGGAGCUCGGGCGAGACGGACGACGAGAGCGACGAAGAGCUGGACCGCUUGGAACGCGAGCUGGACAACAUGUACGAAUCCUACAAGGAAAGAAAGGCGGCUGCGGACGCCAAGUACCGGGCGAAGAAGGCGAGGAAAGAGUACGGGGACGACGAGUGGGAAGGUGUGUCGGCGAGCGAAAAGGAGGAGAGCGACGAUGACGACGAGAUACUCGAAGAGGAAAGCAGCGAUGAUUCCGACGCCGAGGAGCGCGGGGACACCAGCAAGCCGCUUCUGCGGGACCUUGACAACACCCCCCAGGACGGGGCCGGGUUGUCAAAGCGAGCCCGGGGAUUCUUCAACCAGGAGAUCUUCCGGAGCAUCCCCGGGUUAUUGGAUGUCCCGGAAGACACAGAGGGUGAAGAUGAGGCGAAAAAUGCGGAUGAGGGGGCGGCAUCCAACGGCGAGGACUCGGACAACGAUGUGCCAACCAUUGAGGAGCAGAAGAAAAUGCGCAAGGAGAAGGCGGCACGUAAGGAGAAGGAGAAGGAGGACGACUUUGAGAUUGUCAAGCAGGACCAGGAUUCCGACGACGACUGGGAGGAGAAAGAGAAGAAGAAGAAGACUAAAGAUGGCAAGCCCAAUAUCGACAUCAUCACGGCCGAGGCCAUGACGCUAGCGCACCAGCUUGCGCGCGGAGAAAAGUCAAAACACGAUCUCAUCGACGAGGGGUACAACAAAUACGCCUUCAAGGACCGGGACGGCCUGCCUGACUGGUUCCUUGACGACGAGGCCAAGCAUGACAAGCCGCACAAGCCCAUCACCAAAGAAGCAGCGGCAGCCAUCAAGGAGAAGCUGCGAGCCUACAACGCCAGGCCGAUCAAGAAGGUGGCCGAGGCGCGGGCACGGAAGAAGCUCAAGCAGGCGCAGAAGCUCGAGAAGCUCAAGAAGAAGGCUGAUCUGCUGGCCGGGGAUGAGGGCAUGUCGGAGAAGGAGAAGGCCACAAGCAUUGCUAAACUGAUGUCGGCGGCCGCACGGAAGAAGAGGAAGCCGCCGGUCAAGGUGAUCAAGGCAACGGGUGUGAACCGUGGUAUCUCUGGCAGACCCAGGGGUGUCAAGGGCAGGUACAAAAUGGUGGAUCCGCGCAUGAAGAAGGAGAUGCGGGCGUUGAAGAGGAUUGCGAAGAAGAGGAAGUAGCCCAGGAGGCUGAGCCGUCGAGCUUUCUUUCAUAUGUAUGCUGGUCACGCCGAGGGUCUGUUCGCUCGGUCUGGGAAUAUCAAUAAUGCAAGCAUGGCCCUUGCUGUUGUUGCAAGCUACUUGUUUCUGUUGGCUACUGACCUGACGAAGGUGCUGAGGGGGUAGAGCGGCCCGGUGAAAUCCAUGUCGUACC